GGUCAUAGACGCCUAAAUGACACCUCCUUCAGCAUCAGAGCGAGACGUCAAGCAGCAGGUCGACAGCUGCCUCCCAUUAAUCAUUCCUCGACGUGCUAGCCCUACUCCGAACACAAACGGUUAACGGAUUCAUGCAUAUCUGGACAUUUAAUUAACUCCUUGCGGUCAAGUUGCAUCCUUUAGAGGUUGUACUUGAACCAGCUGCUUGACGGACCUAGCUUCAUCGCAGCACAAAUGGCUUCAUCUCUAACGCCACUUCCAAAAGGCUCACGGACGCUCGACGACGAUGAUGACAAGGACGAUCUGUUCGCGACUCUGUUCUCCCCUCCCACACCCAGGGCCUCGCCCAUUCCGUCAACAAGCCUCGCUGGCUCAGAUGUCUCGCGACCAUCUCACGAACACGCACGAACGGCGUCCACAGAUUCCGAGUUUGGGGCCUUUGUCUCCAUACCGUCCUCGGAAGGUCCUCUGCACAGCACUGCUUCCGAAGUCAACGCGGAAAUGGCAUCACUCCCACCCAUACAAAACGUCGACUUCCUCGACAAAUUCACGAAGGGGGCAAGGGCUGCGACGGAGAGGAACAAACAAGUACUGAAGGCUCUCGGCGUGCAACUGCUACUCCGCCAUCUUCACAUGCUGCGCGUCCCAUGUCAGACACGCACCCACAAGAACAGUCUGUAAACGACGUCAGUCCCAGGGCUGUAGAUCCUGACCCACGACAGCCUCACCAUGUAACGCGACAGCAGAGCAGAUCAGAACUUGGUAUGACUCUAUCGCGGUCACCGCCACUACGCUCGCCAUCACUUCCACUAGCAUCUCCG